AUGGAUGAUGAAGUCAGUAACAUCUCACUUAUAUGGCAGUGUGGAUGCCUUAAUGAAGAAAAUUGGUAUGAGAGAAGCCAGUUUCUUCCCAACAACAAAGUUGACGAGUUUGAGCAACUCAAGCGUUACAAUAUGGGGGUGUUUGAUUUCCAAACAUCAUAUUAUUUCUUGCUCCCAAUGGCUACUCUGGUGAUCUUGAACAUGGCUUCCUUUACUGUUGGGGAUUUCUAG